AUGCAUUUCCUCCGUCCCGUUGCAGCUCUCCUGGGCGCAGCCGCUUUGGUAUCCGCCGCCCCGAUCGAUACGGGCGCCCCCAACAACAACAACAACAACCACGAUCUCCCAGAUGGGCUGCCCUACCCCAGUCCCAGCGAACUUACGCUCAUCGAGCAGCAAGCUCACGGAACACUCCCAAACGGGUCCCCGCCUCCUGUGAUCAGCAGCCAAGGGAUCGUCAACCUGCAGCUGAUUGCUUUCAACGAGCUAUUCGAAGUGGCUUUCUUCGAUGAACUUGUCACCAACAUCACCGAGGGGGUUGUGGGUUACCGUUUCUCGGUUACGGAUGAUCGGGACCUUGUUGUUGCUUCUCUGAAGGCUAUUCUCGCGCAAGAGGAACUCCAUGCAAUCCGCGCAAACAAUGCUCUUAUCCACUUCCACGCGCACCCUAUCGAGCCUUGCCAGUAUCACUUCCCCGUCAAGGACUAUGACUCUGCCAUCGCCCUGGCAGCUACCUUCACUGAUGUCGUCCUCGGUACGCUGCAGGACACAGUCGAGCGGUUUGCCCUCGGCCACGACUUUGACCUGGCACGGGAAAUUGCAGCCGUAAUCGGAAAUGAAGGCGAGCAACAAGGCUGGUUCCGUAUGCAACAGGGCAAGAUCCCCAGUGAGCUGCCAUUCCUCACGACUAGCGACGUCAACUUCGCCUUCACGGCCAUCCAAAACUUCAUCUACCCCGGAAGUUGCCCCAACAUUCACGAAAUUCCGCUCCGGACCUUUGAGCCGCUGGAAAUCGUCACCAAGGCUAGCGCGAAAAGUCAGAACUUGACUUUUUCCUUUGAGGAUCGCGCCAACGAGACCAGUCAGUUCUGGAUGACGUAUAUCAAUCAGCAGAACACGCCUAUCGUUGAGCCGCUGAAUAUUGUCUCUCAUACUGGGAGCUACAUUGAGGCAUCAGCUAUAUUCCCGUAUGACGAACAUGAGUUGAAUGGGUUGACUAUUGCCGCUGUUACGAAGAGUGGUGGUCCUUUCGCGGAUGCCAACACUGUGGCGAAAUGGACACACGCUGGGCCGGGUUUGAUUAUUGUGGACUGA